AUGUGGAGGCCCGCCCGCACCACUGGGUCCAACGACACCCCACUUGCCAACAAGCGCCGCUUCGGCCUUCCCGAGGAGGCUCCGGCUCAGGCUCCGCCUCCUCCCGGAGGAGGUGGUUAUGGCAAGCCCCCCGGAGACAUGCAGUUCUUCAACGGACGUAUUGACCGUGACCGCGACCGCGAGCGCCGUAAUGCGCCCCCGCAGCCCCGUGAUGACCACCGCCGCGAUGACAGGGACAUGCGCGACCGUCGCGACGACCAAGACCGCUACGGUGGUGACCGCCGCGACGACAGGGACCGCCACGACCGCCGCGAUGACCGGGGCGACGACCGCCGCAGCGACCGCAGGAGCCGCUGGGACGACCAGGACCGCACGCGCGGACGUGAGGCUGACCCCCGCGAAGAGGGACCUCGUAAGCGCCGCUCGCGCUGGGGCGACGCCAGCGAGCGCGUCGACGUCUCGGGCCUGCCCGUCAACAUUCAGGGCAAGGUCUCUGCGUCCGAGCUCGACAAUUAUGCCAUCCACGUCCGCCUCGAGGAGAUUGCGCGCAAGUUGCGCACCGGUGACGUGGUGCCGCCUGAUGGGCAGCGGUCGCCUUCCCCGCCCCCGAAGUUCGACGCUUACGGCCGCCGCACUAACACCCGCGACGUCAGGUACCGUGAGAAGCUUGAGGAUGAGCGCCGUCGCCUGAUCGACCGUGCGAUGAAGAACGACCCCAACUUCCGCCCGCCUGCCGACUUCCAGAAUAGACGCAACGGCCGGCCCAUGGACAAGGUGUACAUCCCCGUUGACGAGUUCCCCGAGAUCAACUUUUUCGGCCUGCUUGUCGGCCCUCGUGGCAACUCACUCAAGCGCAUGGAGCGCGAGACGGGUGCCAAGAUUAGCAUCCGUGGUAAGGGCAGUGUUAAGAAGGGCAAGGACCGCCCGGAAGCGUACGCCAACGACGAAGAGGACGACCUGCACUGUGUCGUGACGGGCGACGACGAGGUCAAGGUCAAGGCAUGUGUAAUGCUCAUUAACAAGGUCAUUGAGACCGCUGCCUCGACACCCGAGGGCCAGAACGACCACAAGCGUAACCAGCUCCGUGAGCUUGCCUCGCUUAACGGUACCCUGCGCGACGACGAGAACCAGCUGUGCCAGAACUGUGGUGAGAAGGGCCACCGUCGCUGGGAAUGCCCCCAGCAGCGCGUGUACAGUGCCAACGUCAUCUGUCGUCUCUGUGGCGGUGCGGGCCACAUGGCGCGCGACUGCCGUGGCCGUGGCGACCCCAGCCUCGCAACCAACAGGCCGCCUGGCGACACUCAGUUCGACUCGGAGUACUCGGCUCUCAUGGCCGAGCUUGGCGAGGCCGGUGCGGCUGCUCCAGGCCCGGGUGCACCUACGGAGCAGCGCCUCCCGCCCUGGCGUAUCUCCGAGAACUGGCACGGUGGUGGCCGCAACAGAGAGCGCGACCAGGGCUUCGGUGACCAGGGCUACGGCGGUGGCGAACAGGGCUACGGCGGCGGCGACCAGUACGGCGGUGGCGGCUACGGUGGUGACCAGGGCUACGGCGGUGGUGCUGGUGCCGCUGCUGGCGGUGGUGGCUACGGUGGUGGCUACGGCGGCGACCAGGGCUACGGCGGUGGUGCUGGCGGUGCUGGAGGUGCGGGUGGUUACGGCGGCGGUGGUGGUGGUGGCUAUCAGCAAUACUACGCCGGCAUGCAGGGCGCGUAA